CGCAAGCCAGCAGCAACAGUUCGCCGCCGGCGUCCCCCCAGCCGCCGCGUCUCAGGCCGGCGCCGAGGAAGCAGGAGAGGGACCCGCAGCAAAGGGAGAUCAGGGAGGCGCCGCCGCCCACCAUGGCCGCCGACGAGCAGCAGGACCUCACCAGGGCCUUCGCAGGCCUGGGCGGGCUGGGCGUGGACGAGGCGGCGCUGGUGUCGGCGCUGGGGCGGUGGCGGCGGCAGCCGGAGCGGCGCGCGCAGUUCCGCCGCGGCUUCCCGGGCUUCUUCUCCGCGAGCGCCGGCGCCGCCGCGGGGAUCGAGCGUUGCGAGGACGAGUACCUGCGCCACCUGGAGGACGAGUUCGCCCGCCUCAAGGACGCCGCCGUGCUGUGGGCGCUGCACCCGUGGGAGCGCGACGCCCGGUGGGCGCACCACGUCCUGCACGGCGGCGACGGCCACCCGCCGGGGGUCCUCGUGGAGGUCGCCUGCACCCGCGCCGCCGACGACCUGCUCGGCGCCCGCCGCGCGUACCAGGCGCUCUACCACCGCUCGCUCGAGGAGGACGUCGCAUACCGCGUCAACGACGCCACCGCCGCCCUGCUGGUUGGGCUGGUGACCGCGUACCGGUACGAGGGCGCGCGCGUGAGCGACGAGCUGGCCGCGGAGGAGGCCAAGGCGCUGGCGGCCGCCGUCAGGGCCGCGCCGGCGGCGAGGCUGGUGCAGAACGAGCAGGUGGUGAGGAUACUCGCCACCAGGAGCAAGCCCCAGCUCAGGGCCACAUUCAAGAUCUACAAGGAGCUCCACGGCAAACCACUGGAAGAGGACUUCGCCGGCGAGCCGUGUCUGCAAGAGACCGUCAGGUGCCUGGACUCGCCGCCCAAGUUCUUCGCCGAGGUGAUCGGCAGGGCGUUGAGGGGCGACGCGGACAAGCAGGCCAAGGCGGCUCUCACCCGCGUCGUGGUGUCCCGCGCCGACGUGGACAUGGAGGAGAUGAAGGAAACCUACGCCAAGCAGCACGGGGCCAAGCUCGCCGACGCGGUGGCCAAGAACACCCACGGCCACUACAAGGACGCGCUGCUCGCCAUGAUCGGCAAGUGAAGGACACCCAGGGCGGCGGCGCUGUGGCCGCUAGCGCCUCACAAGAAUAAGAGAUGCUAUACAUUUGGAUACCACAUUGCGGAGGCUUCUCAGGUCGGUCCGUUCAUGGCGAUGGCCUCGGCUGAUCGUGUGUCUAGAGGUUUCGUUUGAGGCGGCCACAUCAGAUCAUCCAGCGUUGGAACGGCCUGCGUUGCCAUCAUCAAUUAGUCAUCGUAUAUAUUUGCUGAAAUUUUCUCCAUUCAUGACUAAUAAUCUCUAAAACUCGGACUAAAUGCUCCAAUAGCCGCGGUUAGCAUUAAUAAGGAGAUAAUGCGUGAACGUUGGAGCCUCGUAAUUUGAGUUUUACGUGCCACUGCAUAUGACUCAUUGUACUUCUUCUUUGCUUUGCU